CCGUUCGGAUUGGCUCUGGAGCGGCAAGGGGUGGUGCCUAAUUUCUCCCGCGCUCUCCCGCUCGCUGUGACCAUGGCAGGUUUCGAUCCCGGCUCCUUGCCUGACUUGCUGCGCCUUUAUUACCGCCGCCUCUUCCCCUUCGGCCUUUACGGCCGGUGGCUGCGCUACGGCGACGUGUCAAAGAACUAUUUUCAGCGACGGGAGUUCUCAUUCACACUCCAUGAUGAUAUCUAUGUGCGGUACCAGUCUUUCAACUCUCCACAGGAAUUGGAGAAAGAGAUCCAAAACACAUGUCCAUAUAAAAUUGACAUUGGAGCCGUGUAUUCACACAAGCCUAUCCAGCAUAACACUGUGCACAUGGGUGCUUUUCAAGCCCAGGAGAAAGAACUGGUGUUUGAUAUAGACCUGACAGAUUAUGAUGAUGUUAGGCAAUGCUGCAGCUCUGCAGAAAUCUGCUCCAAGUGCUGGACUCUCAUGACAAUGGCCAUCCACAUCAUAGACCGAACCCUCGUAGAGGACUUUGGCAUUCAGCAUAGACUGUGGGUGUACUCAGGGCGCAGAGGGGUCCACUGCUGGGCGUGUGACGAUCCCGUCAGGAAGUGGUCUUCGACUCUCCGCUCUGCAGUGGUGGAAUAUCUCUUCCUGGUCAAGGGUGGUGAAGGAACCAUCAAGAAGGUGACCCUUUCGGAUAACCACGUUCACCCUUUCAUCAGAGCCUCAUUGGAUGUGGUGACACGUUACUUCAAGGAAUAUGCUCUCGUUGGUCAGGACAUACUGGGGGAUAAAGACAAGUGUGAAAAAGUGUUAGCUUUGAUUCCAGAGGCAGAUCGAGAUUUUCUUCGGAUGGAAUUCUGUAAAAAGACCAAUUCAGUACAGCGCUGGGAAGUUCUGCAAAAAAAGAAAAUGGUCCACACUGAAAGGGAGAUUAUGCUGCAGUACUGCUUUCCCCGCCUGGAUAUGAAUGUUAGCAAAGGCAUCAAUCAUUUGUUGAAGAGUCCUUUUAGCGUCCACCCAAAGACAGGACGCAUUUCAGUUCCAAUUGACCUGAAGAAAUUGGAUGACUUCGAUCCAUUUGCUGUUCCCACUGUAAGCCACCUCUGUCAUGAGCUGGAUAUGAUUGGGAAAGGUGAAGGGAAUGGAAAGGAAACUGAAGGCCCGCAGGAAAGCUCUCGUAAAAGCAGAGAUUAUAAGAAAACCAGUCUCGCUCCGUACGUGAAAGUCUUUGAACAGUUCGUGGAAGAAAUGGAGAAAUCUUACAAAGGACAACGUCUGAAAGGUAACGGUAAGGGCUUGCUUGAGUCAGAAGGAUGUUAAC